GUGCACGCGCGCUGUUCACCGAAAAUAAAAAACAGUUUUUUCUCAAAAUGCCGAGUUGUGCUAUAAUUACUUGUAAGCAUAGAAGUGACUUGAUGAAUUUCCACAAUAAUGGGAUUACUUUUCACAGAUUUCCAAGUAAUCCCAAAAUUAAAGAGAAAUGGAUAGAAGCGACAUGCAGAGGACCUGUUUGGUUGCCAUUAAAAAGAAGCACAAUAUGCUCCAUACACUUUGAAGAAAAUCAAUUUCGACCGAUGCCAAAAAGUCGCAGGCUUUUUGAAUGGGCAGUGCCGACGCUGAAAUUGCCACAAAUCCCAGGCUCAUCUUCGAAACCUGAAACGAAUUUGGAACCUAAAGAUGUACCCGUAGAUCCCUUAAAAUUACCAUUUGAUGUCAACCAACCGACUUUGCCUAAGGAGAUAGACUCUAACAAAACAACAGGCAGUGGUACGGUCUAUCCCCAAGUAAAGAUAGAAUCUUCGUCUCCGACACAUGAAAUUUAUCUUGAAACUGAAGAUGUCGUACAACCGAUUUUGACUAACGAGAUCGACUCUAACAAAACGAUAGUCAGUGGUACGGUCUGUCCUCCAGUGAAGAUAGAACGGUCAUCUCCGCAACAUGAAAUGAAUUUGGAAACUCAACAUGUACCUAUAGAUGCCUUAAGAAAACCAUUUUAUGUCGAGCAACCGAUUUUAGGUAGUGGCGUCGUGAAUCUUCCAAUGAAGAUAGAAAUGUCAUCUCCAAUCCGUGAAAAUGAUUUGGAAACUAAAGUACCCGUACAAGCCUUAACAAAGCCAUCCAAUGUCCACCAACGUUUACCUGUGGAGAUCGAAUCAAACGAAACCAUAGGUAGCGGUACGACGAAUCUCACAGAGCAGAUAGCUUUGGACAAGGAAACGAAAAUUGCUGCGAUUCGAUCUAGACUCGAUGAAUCAGUGCGCAGGGGUAAGAUGUGUGUUCAAUUAGAAAAAUACAAAGCAGCGGUCCAACAGAAAAAUAAGAAGAUAAGAAAUCUGCAAAAGCAAACCAGUCGGUAUCGCCAAAAAAUUGCCCAUCUAAAAGAUAUUAUAAAAGAGUUGCAAGAAAAAAAAAUUGGGAACUCUGAUCAAAUUGCAUAUUCAGAAAAUUUGGGAGUUAAAAACAUAAACUCCACUGAUGAUGCUGGUUUAAGUGAAGACGACAGUGAUGGUGAUGAUGGUGACGAAGAUGACAGUGACAGUAUAAAAUAAAUGUAAGUAAUGUCAGUAUUGGAUGAAGAUGAAGUUCUUCAUGUGCUGGUCCAGGAUUUGUCAGAAUUUAUGUGCAAACUAUAAAUUAUACGGCGGGAUUUGUAGUGCAAGCUCUUAUCAUUGACAUUCAAGACACUGAAAUGUGAGACAUGUAUAGCGCGUUGUGCGCAUGUAAUUGCCGAAUGAAAUUGAAGAUCGAAAUAACUUUACAAAACUCGAGGGCAAAAGUGGCUUGAUAUUUUCAGAUGUUUUUAUAAUUUUACUAUCCUCGCUCAGAAUACAAUCCUGGUCAGGACAAAACAAUUUAAAAGCGACAUUGACGUGUUGGUAAUGACCGCGUUUCUUUGGGAUGCAUAAUUAUAUUAUUAAUAUGUUAAAAAAAAUACUUCCAUCGAUAUCAUCAGGCACCCAUGGCAUGGACAAUCAUCUAUAUACAUAGUACCUAAUACCCUAC